AUGCAAUUCCGUCGUGACGAGAGCAAGAAGGGUCAGUUUAUUCAGAGCGGACUCUGGUAUUACAGCCGCCACCCCAAUUACUGCGGAGAGAUCAUGAUGUGGGCUGGUGUUUUUUUCGUGAGCGUGCACACACUGCCGACCACGGUGCUGAAAGUGUGGGCUGGUGUGAGCCCCGUGUUCGUUACAUUCUUGCUUAUCUUCGUGUCGGGGGUCCCGCUGCUAGAAAAGCAGGCCGAAGAGCGCUGGGGGGAGACGAAGGCGUACCAAGCGUACAAGGCACAGACGAGUGUGCUGCUGCCCAUGUCCAAGCGCAAAAUGAAGACGACGUAA